UUGAGAAUUUGGCGCGAAUAUCCAAUCAUUGUGAAGUUGCGCGGUUUUUUGUGCAAUUGCAGAGUUCUCGCUGGUUUCACGGAUUUAAUUGAUUACGACAACCAAAACAACCUACGUACCUAGUAAAAACUAAGGAUAUCGAGCUUCAGCGAAUUCCUCGAAGUUUUUCUUGUCAAACGUUCAUGGUAAAGUAUCUUUUCCACAAGGAUCGAGAGUUACGCCUUCGCCAUGGCGGCCGCACUUGUUCAGCCAGCAUUCAGCUCAUUAGCUGUCCAAAUGAAUUCUGAAGAGCAUUCAAGCGACAGUGUAUUGAUGUCAGCCAACACAAGUGAGUUAGAUGAAAGCAAUCAACUUGAAAAAAAUAAUUCUGAUACAUUUGCUGUUGAAAAUGAUAGUGAUGAUGAAAUUCACACUAGUGUUAAGAAAGCCAAAAGAGGCAGAAGGGCUACAAAGGUAUUGUCUGAUGAUAGUUCAGAUGAAUGUGAUAAUAUUGAUGCGACACCAAACCAAAAUCACAAGGUCUCAGAAAAUGAUUUCCUAGGGAAUAAGAAACUUGAUGAAAAUGUGACUUCAAAUGCAGAGUCUACUGAUGGAGAAAAUGAUUUUGCUACCAAAAGGAGCAAGAAGAAAAGAAAGGUGAUGACAGUUGAUAAUGAAUCAGAAGAUGAAAGUACAGACCAUAAUAAGAAUGUUAAGAUAAAGCAUAGAAGCAGAAGGAAAGAAAAGGAAAAAAUUGAAAACAAAAGUAAAAGAGGCAGUGCAAUGAAACAGCUUCUGAAAUCUAGAGCCAAGAAAAAACUUAAAACCUUUCAGUUGUCAGGUGAUGAAGGACCUAAUGAGAAUUCUGAUGAUUUAUCAUCUGGAACUGAUGAAGUGGGUACCCCAAAAAUUUCUCAGAACAAUGAAAACGUGAAAUCUAAAAAAAGGAAGGAAAAGAUGAGUAGUAAAUCAAAAAUAAAAAAGGACAAGGGUUAUAAUCCAAAAGAUGUUGAGUCUGAUGAAGCCAAUAGUGAUAAGGAAAAUACUGAAAAUGUUGAGCCAGAAUUUUCUGAUUCAGAUUCAAGUGGAGAGGAGGUGAGUAUAUCUACAAUUAAGAAAAGUUACACUACAAGAAGAAAAUCUGCUGUAGUAGAAAUGGAUUAUGAAGAUGAAGAGGAAAAAAUACAGCGAGAGAAGACUGACAAGAUUUUAGAGAAUAAAGAUUUGUUUGAUGCUGACACUGAAGAAAGUGAUGCUGCAAAUGAUGCAGCAGAAGGUAGUGAGUCUGAAGAAUGCCAUGGAAGCCAAGCCAAAGAAAAGAAAAAAAAAAUUGUCAAGCCAAAAAGGAUCACUAAAUCUGAAUCUUUGGAAAUAAAGAGUGAGCAACAGAAAUUAGUGAGAAACCAAAGAAUAAAGUUGCCAGAACAUCGACCUACUGUUGUUUCCAUUGCAAAUUUUCUCGAAAGAGUCCCAAUUUUGAAAUUAUCAAAGGAUUAUAAAAAGCCAGCAAGGUCUGAAACUUUAAAGGAGUCACAAACAAUAGUAAAGAAAGAUCAACCUUCAAAAUCUUCUGUGACAAAAGAAUCACCCUCAAUAAAAAAGCUCAAGAAUCUUGUGUCAGUUCCAUUUCCCAAACUUUCUUCAAAAGUUGUUGAUCUGGAAAUUGAAUUUGAAGAUGAAAACUCAGUAGCAGCCCCUGGUUUAACUUCACUUAUGCAGCGCCUAGAAAAGCAUACAGCUGUUCCAAAGCAAAAGGAAAUAGAAAACAAAAAGGAACUUGUGAUAGAGGAUACUGAAACACAGCAAGAUAGCUCUUUCAAGAAAUCAAUUAUUGAUCUUGAAAAAAUUGAGAAAGCAGCAGAUAUCCCAGGUUCUCGCCUCCAAGAACUCAAGAAUCAGCUGCAAAAAGGAAUGAAAGCACUAAGGGAAGUCAACAGGAAGGAAGCAGAAAUAAGACACAAAUUUGAAAAUGAAGAAUUUGAAGACGAAGAGGAAUGGGAGGUGGAGGAAGAAGAAAAUGAAGCUAACCAAACAGAUGAAAACGAAAACAGUGAAGCAGAAGAUAAUAUCAAAGCAUCUCCACGGAAGACAAGCAAUGUUGAUGAAGAUUCUGAAAAGUCAGAGGAAGAAGAUGAUGACGAAUUGAAAAAAUGGAACGAAGAAGAUGAGCGAAAGCAGAUUGAAACACAAAUGGAAGAGCAAGAAGAAGCUGAGAAAGACCCUCGAAACACUUCCAACAGCAAAAGUAAUUUAACAAGGUUUUCAAAUUUCUAUGACGAAACCACUACUGCGUCUGUAAGGACUGGCGGAAGUUCAUUAGAUCUCUUUCCUGGGGAAACUGGAGAUGCAGAUGACAACGGCGACAGUGCGUUCAAUCUAGAACUAAAAAGCACUUUUCAAUGGGAUGACACAAGUACCAUACCCCCUGGACAAGGAGAUUCUGUUAAGGAUUCUAACAAGAGUCGUUUGGAAGCCAGCACUCCAUUUUCUAAGCUACUUAACAGCUCACGACGCUAUUCCUCUGCUUCCGACGAUCCACAGAAGAUGAGCUCGGAAGAUGAGAUUCAUCACGCGAAGAAUACUAGGAAAGAAACAAAUGAAGAUUCGUCCCUUGCUUGCCCUAUCAUAUCUGACGACCUCCAUUUUGCUCUUGACGAAAACACGCAGUUCUCCCAGAUUCUAGACACCCAAGGGUACUUUCAACCACGCAAAGGAACUAGCGUUAAAAAUGAUACAAAGAUAGAAAAAGGAAAUGGUGUUUCUUCAUCCAUGAGUCAGCUGCUAGGCUUGUGUUCAGGGAAUUUUGCAACUGAUAAAGGAAAACGCAAUAGUUUGGUACAGGACGACUUUGGCCUACCUUCUGAUCUUCCUCUUGAUGCCCAAGAGGAUGACGCUAAUUCACAAGAUUUUUUGGAUUUGUGCACUGGAAAAUUUAUUGCUCCGGGUUCCAAGGAAAAACUUGAAAGUCCUAGCAAAAAGACAUCCGUUUUGUCAAAAUUAUUAGAUCAGCCUGACGCACCUGUUUCGGAUAGCCAGGCCAUGCUAGACUUGUGUUCUGGGGCAUUUGGAAGCGCAGCUGGUCAACAAAGAGUGGAUGAGCCUGUUUUUGAAGAAAGCAAGUCUACCGGUUCUCUAAUGAAACAUUUCGGGGAAGUGAAAGUUGAUUCGCAUGCUCGGAAAUCUUUCAACAAUUUGUUUUCAGACAAAACAAGUAGCGACAGUCCAGUAAAGGGAGGCUUGUCUCCAAAUGAUGAAGAGGAUGGUGUAGAUGAAGCAAGCAUCGGAGAAGACCUUCUUGGUCUCUGCACUGGAAAAUUUACUGACAGCAAUGCUGCACAGAAUAUCAUAUCUUCCGAGCCUGAAAAUAGUUGUACCUCAAAAUUAGCUGAGGAAUGCGAAGACAGUGAAUUUGACGAUGACAAUAUUACUAAAAAGAGCAAAAAUGAGCCUGGCGAUCUAAAUGCCCAAAGGUCUGAUGGUAAUUGGGUUAUUGAAGACGAAGAUAAAGCUGAUCAUCGGGCUGAUGAAGGAGAAUCUGACUUAGAUGAGCAAGGUGAUUCUGAUGAAGAAGUUAACGAAGAACUCCAGGAGUAUUAUGAAUCGUUACCAAAAAAGAAGUUCACAAAGAAGCAGUUUUACGAGGACGAGGCAGAGCUCAGUGGCAGUGAUGCAAGUGAUGAUGAAGAUCUUGGUAGCGAGGCGGACGAAUAUGAGGUUGAUUCUGAUAUAGAAAAUUUACCCUCUGAUAAAAAGAUCAAAGCACAGGUCCAAAAGGCACAUAUGAAAGCUACUUUGGAAAAAGACAAGCAAGAUAUUCGCCUUUUUCAAGAACGAUUCUUUGAAGAUGGUGAUCUGUUUUCCGAUGGUGUAGGACGACGUCGUAAUUUUAAAUGGCGUAAUAUAGACCGUCCAAUGAAUGCUGGUGCAGAAAGUGAGGGAUCUGGGGCUGAGGAAGAGAAUGAAAACGAUGAUGUAACCGAGACGGAGGCACAAAAGAGGAUACAACGCCUUGAAAAAGAGGCAUUCCUUGAAGAGCAGCGAAAAUCCCAAGAGACAAUAGUUUUGGAUGAAGAUAGCCAAUCCAUCCUAAGCAUUAUAAAAGAAAGGAAAAGCCUUACAGACACUGUGGAAGCUCCGAAAGCUACAUUCCAAACAGUUAAACCUGUUGGUUUUAAAAGACAGGGAUCAUUUUUGGACCGAAACAAGACAACGUUGUCAAGAAUUUCAUCUUUAACAUCAAAUCAUACCAAAAAAAGUGCACCAUCUCGAUCAUUUGUCUUCCAAGCGAAAUCCUCAAACAACACACCGGAAACAUCAGGAUCAUCCAAGGCCAUGCGACGACAGCUAUCAGAUUCUGAACCUCCACAACCGAAAAAAGUAAAAAUGGACAGAACACUGAGCGUUCCCAUGAGUUCUAGUAUAUUCAAUCAUCUGUAAAUAAGUCGGACCUUCAUCAAAUACGACUCAUAUUGUAAUUUGUCUGUGAAUUGUUUUAUAAUAUUGUGUAUAAUUUACCGUUUUCUCUUUAGAUAUCGUCUAAUUAUAAUAACAAACAUGAAAUGCG